AUGCCGUAUUACGGCGGCCGCAGAGGGUAUUACGGUGGCUAUCGUCACGGAUACGGAUACGGAUACGGAUACCGUCCAGUUUACUAUCACAGACCUGUUUACGUGGGUGCAUGGGUGAGUUACAGGAAUUAUUCGCAUGCGGAUUCGCCUUUUUUUCAGUAUCAUCCUUACUACGCCCCGGUCUUUCUCGGAGGAGCGUUCCCUAUGGUAGCCCUUUCAGAUCUUCCGCUCUGUUAUGUAGAUGAAGAUUUUUCAGUACGGUAUCUACAUUAUCACUUUUCUGAUUCUUCUCAUCAUCAUUGUAGUCAUUUGUGUAUGCGUAGGAGUCUGCGAAAGUAAGAAAUUAUCUUAUUGCACUAAAAAAACAGCGUCUCUCGCAGAUUGUUGUCGGUGUUGCCGUAGCGAGCCGGAAUACAUUGAGCCGGUCCCGUAUGAUCCUUACGCUCCGUACGUCGUGCCAUAUCAGCCAGAUCCAUACUCUCCGUACGCCGCCCCGUAUCAGCCUGAUCCAUACUAUCCAGGCUACGGAUAUGGUCCAGAGUACGGCUAUCCGCCUGCACCGACCCCUCAAUACCCGCAAUACGAUCAAGAGCCUGCCCCGGAGCGGCAGGCGUUGCCCGCUCCUGCUCCUGCUCGUGAUUCCGGAUCUCAUGGGGGCAAUGAAAAGUCGGCUGAGAAUGCGACACCGAAGAAGAAAACCAGGGGCUCGAAGGAGAAAUCGAAAGAGACAUCCAAGGAAUCUUCAAAGCAAACGUCAAAAGAGAAGUCGACUGGGAAAGAGUCUCCUGCCGAAUCUUUGUCUACUCCGGCCACCGCGUCCACUCCAACGCCUUCUCAGGAGAAGUCGGAAAAGGUCCCCGUUAAAGUGAAGAAAUCGUACAGCGCAAAAGUCGCUGGUGAACUUUGA